AUGGCGAGCGUGCUGUCCAGGCGCCUGGGGAAGCGCUCCCUGUUAGGCACCCGUGUCUCUGCCCCCAGCGCCUUGGCCGAGGGGGUGCUGGUGGCCACCCAGAUCCCCGGCUUGCAGACCGACCUUGGCCGGGUGUCUGCCCACGUGGUGCCACGAGAGGAAGGAUCCUGCGCGCUGGCAGCAGAGGAGAGCAGCCAGGCACCCAGGUUUCCCAGCCCCGGCCGCCGGCAGCUCCACGCCGGGCAGCAAGUCCUGGUCACUUACAACGGGCAGGAGUGCGCUGGCCUCGUGGAGCAGCACAACCCGCUGAGCGACAAGGUGAAGGUGCUGCUGCCGGAGCAGGGUUUGCAGGCGUGCUGGAGGGCACAGGACGUGCCCGUCGGUCCUGGCCCUGCCGAAGUGCUGCAAAGAUCCGUAUCCAGCAAUAUCGAUGUACCGAAGAGGAAAGCCGACGCUGCUGUGGAGAUGGAUGAGAUGGUGGCAGCCAUGGUGCUGACGAGCCUUUCCUGCAGCCCCAUAGUGCAGAGACCUCCCACCGGUGAGAGUGGACUCCCCCCCUCACGGGUGGCGUGCGAUCCCUGGAAGGAGAGCGGCGAUGUCUCGGACAGCGGCAGCAGCACCACCAGCGGGCACUGGAGCGGGGGCAGCGACAUCUCCACCCCUUCGCCCCCUCACCCUGCAGGCAGCCCCAAGUACUCCAGCGAGGCCCUGAGCUCCCCCCAGGUGGAUGAUGGCUUCGACACUGACUCUGACCCCUUUCUCCUCGAUGAACCCGCUCCACGCAAGAGAAAGAACUCUGUGAAAGUGAUGUACAAGUGCCUGUGGCCAAGCUGCGGCAAAGUCCUGCGCUCCAUCGUCGGCAUCAAGCGGCACGUCAAGACCCAGCACCUCGGGGACGGCGCAGACUCCGACCAGCGGAAGAGGGAGGAGGAUUUCUACUACACUGAAGUGCAGGUGAAGGAAGAGCCGGCACCAGAGGUGGCCAUCACCGCCGCCAGCCCCACAUCUGUGUCCGCUCCCAUCAUCAUCCAGCAAGCCCUGGCAAAGCCGGAGGCGUUGCUGGUGGAGCAGCAGGCGCUGGAGCCUGCCCUGGCCAGCAGUGCCCUGAGCCAGUCUGCCCCCAGCUCCUUCUGGCACAUCCAGGCUGAUCACGCCUACCAGGCAUUGCCAUCAAUCCAAAUUCCAGUGUCCCCCCACAUCUUCACCAGCAUCAGCUGGGCCACUGCCACCUCAACUCUCCCGUCCCUGUCACCGGUGCGGAGCCGGUCGCUCAGCUUCAGCGAACCCCAGCCACCAACGCCAAUGCUCAAGUCCCACCUGAUCGUCGCCUCGCCACCCAGGGUGUCCAUCGGCACCAGGAAAGUCCGCGGUGAAGCCAAAAAGUGCCGUAAGGUUUAUGGCAUCGAGCACCGGGAUCAGUGGUGUACAGCCUGCCGGUGGAAAAAAGCCUGCCAGCGCUUCCUGGACUGA